AUGUUAAAAUCUGCGACUCGUGGUUGUUUUCUGCCAAAAACUGUUCGCUCCGAUCUCGUAUUGACACCGAGAAAAAUGUCUUACACAUCGGCCCGUGUUAAAGCAAUGGCUCUUUUUGUUAAACACGAAGCAAAGUUUGAAGGAAAACACAAAGGGAAUCCAUUCCAUAAAAUCGACAAUCCACAGGUGCGAUCGAUUGCUAUGCAUUAUUCAUGAUUAUUUAAGUUAAUGUGGGAUGCAUGAUCAUGAGGUUUAAGUUAAAGCUGAUGUCAGAGCGUUUGAAAAGAAAAAUGUAUGGGGAAACUAUAGAAUACAGGGCCACCCAGGGCCACCCGUGUCGGGAAGGUGAAGAACCUAAAGGGGUGGUGCUUAGGGUACAGUGCUAUAUAAGCAAGAGUAUAAUAUUGUGAAAGGUUUGAUACCAGAAGCCAUUUCAUAAGUAGGUUGAUUAUGAUCAUCCGGAUGAACUCAGUUACUACCCCACAGGUCAGUCACUGUCAACAACAACAGUCCUAUUUGGGACUACGUUCACCCGAAUGAUCAUACUCAACCUACUUAUCAGUUCUAUAAUGUCCUAAACUUUACAACAUACGUUUAGAGGCUGACAAUGGAGUUCUACUCUUCUGAUAAUGACUCCAAAUCCCGGGGGGGUGCACUUUAGGAAUUUCUGGGUGGGGAUGUGCCGCUGGGACCCUGGAACCCUUGACCUAUACCAGAGCUAGUUCAGCUGAAUUUUGCUACCCUAUACUAGACUAAACUCCCAAAAUCCCCCUAUCCUAGAGUAGUUGUUUCCCCAGUCUAGAUAAAAUCUUCAACCAACUGAUCAGUUUCUUGAAAAAUGAUACCCUCUUCUAGACCCAAACGCUCUGAUUUAUAUACCCUAUCCUAGAGUAAACUGCUUGAAAACCAUACCCUUCAUAGCGGCACAUACCCAUAUAGCCCAUGUAUGGCAGUACCCCCCCUCCCCCGGGCUCCAAAUCUAACUUCAUCUCUAGUGAAAACCAGCCUUUAAUUUCUUCCAAAAAUUUCUAUAAAGACUACCACCCCUUUUAGGGUGGUAAGAAUAUGUUGUUGUGCCUUUACAUGUACAUUUUGCAGCAAAACAGUACUCUACAGCCCCCUCCUCUAGUGCUGUCAUUGAAUGGCCUUCCCUCCGCUACAAUUAACAUAGCACCCAGCUACUUUCCAGGGAAAAUAAAUUGUAGAAGAAAAAUAUAACUAAAAGACAUCCAUAAUUAUUUGAUUCCCUGCCCGUCUUAGUGACAGCCCUGCAAUGUCCCUGAUUUGACAGGUUUAGCUCUUAUCUGGUAAGUAACAAUUUGAACGGGUUUACUCAGGGCUGUCAUUAAGUUUUGAAGUAGUCGUAGCAAAUAAAGAUUCACCUGUGCCACCUCGCAAAAGUUUAUUGUGUCACCUUAUAAACCUUUCCUCUUUGAUGACCACGACAUCAAGUAAGCUCAGCCCUAACAGGUGCUGUGGGUUAUGACACUUAAUGAAAGCUCUGAUUCAAUAUAUGUGUAGGUAUUAUGUUUAAUUAGCUCAGGUUUUAUCACCAUUAUAUAUAUUAUCAAGUUUUCUUUAUUAUUUAUGCACAUUGUCUUUAUUAGGGCGUCAUCAACAUGGGAACAAGUGAAAAUAAGUUAUUAUUUGACUUGCUUAAAAAGAAGGUAAUUAUGUUAGUAUUAUCUUUUGCAAGCAAUUUAGGGAAAAAAGGAGCAUCCUUAUUUAGAUUUAACUAGAAUAUGAUAAAAUUAAACUAUUAUAUGUAUUUGUUGUUGUAUCUGUCUCUGUCAUCUCAUUAGUUUGAGAGAAACAAAGUGAUGUAGUAUCAUAAAUAUAUUACAUGUAUAUGUCUGAUCAUUUUAAAAUUAAUUGUAUUUUUAUAGUUUGAGGAAAAAGAAUCUCAUACCUUACUUCAAGAGCACACAGAAUAUUUCUGUGCUGAGGGGCUGAUGAGGUAUUCUGUCAUUUUUUACUGUUACAAAUGUGUACAGUUCUUUAUAUGCAAGUUAGACUUAAGUAACUGCUUUUCAUUAAGGAGACAGCAUGGCCGAGUGGUCAGCACAUCAGACUUGCAAUGUUGCGGUCCAGGGUUUGUCGAGUCCUGCGCUGGCCAGGCCACUAACUGGAUUUGUUAUUCGUUGUUACGAGUUCAAAUACUCAGCCAUGCCUGUAAAUUGCCAGCUGGUUGCCUUCUGCCAGUUGGGGUUUUUAGUCCUGUGAUGUUGUAUGUGGAUUGUUUCCGAUAUUAUUUAUCUUUUUUUAUGAUUUCGUUCAAAACAUUUCUCCAUUUCUGACUGGCUCAGGUUUCUUGCCUAAUUCUUUAUAAGCAGCUACCGCUGACCAAAUCUAGAAGGCAAUUACUGAUAUCAGUAUAAUUGAUGUCAGUACUGUUGUACAGAUAUCAACAGAAUUAAGGACAGCAGAAGGUUGGUAGCUCAGCUGUUUUGGCCAAGCGUUGAUUACCGGAUUUGGGUUUUAUGUAACAUGAAGAAUUAUGUAGAUCUCAUGGGUUGCUAUCCCUGGAUGACUCUUUACAUUAUAGUCAGCCUCAUCCAAUAAUAAUUGCUAAUAAAUUAUUAGAGCAACAGCUAGAUCAGCAAUUACUACUGUAAUUUUCUAAUACUGGUGUUGAAUGCUUUGUCCAUACUGUCAUACCACUGUUGCCAUUGCCAUAACUACACUGUACCAGCACCACCACUGCCUUUGCACCACUGCUGUUGCCAACAGUCUAUUUGAUCCAAUUAAUUUUUUAUGUAAACAUAGAACUAGCUCUCACAGUCACACAGUCAUAGUUACUGCGCCAAUGUUGCCAAUAUUAGUAGCACCACACAUCGACACAUCAUCAUCAUCAUCAUCAUCACUAUUUUUGUUCUUUAUUUUAGUUUUAGACAAACUAUUGCUGAUUUCCUGAAUCAUUAUAUGAAGCCAGCAGAGCCCAUAUCUUCAGAGGAAGUACGUAUUUCAUCAAGACAAAAGUUCUCCCUGUUAUGUUACAGAUACAUGUAUGAAUAUUAAAUUUUUUGCUUCAGUCCUGAUUGAAAGAAUGAACAGUAUUAAUUACCACAACUACUGCAAUUUCCUUUUGGUUCAGAGACUUACUUUGUUUUGGUUUAUGUACAGCUCAUAGUAUCUAAUGGAGCAACACCAUUAGUGGAUGCUAUUGCAUAUACUUUAGCAGAUGAAGGAGGUACGUACUUACAUGUAAUAUAUAGCAUGCCCAGUUAUAUAGGGGUUACAGUUGUUAUCAUGCAUGGUCAUCAAGGCUCAGUAGUAGUAGCAAAAAGCUCUAUAUUGUAAGUCAUGUCCUAGUCUGAUGAGUAAAUUUAAUAUUAGUGUGUUUGCCUUUUUGAAGGGUGCCAAAAUUAAGGACAGCAGAACUAUAUCCAGCAGAAUUAUAUGAGUUUUCAAUGUACUGUAGUAAAGUAAAGUUACUUUUAUUAAAUAAUUAUAUGAGGGAAACUGUAAAAACUACAUAAUCAGAUCAAUCUGGCAAGAAGAUCUACUGAGGUUCUGUUAUUUUCUGCAUCGCACAAUCAUGGACUAGACACAAUCUAUUGAUUACAGCCUCUUAACUCUAAUUCACAGUCAUCAGAAUUUUAUUCUUUGUUUUUUGGAAGCCAUGUAGGGUUAGUUUUUACUCAUUUCUUUUUUUUUUUUUCAGUAUACUCAUUUAUUAUUAUUAUUAUUUUUGGUUUCAUUUAUUAUCUCCAUUAUAGAGGGUAUGUUAAUUCCUGCACCAUAUUAUGGGUCAUUUUUAUUGGACCUACAGUCGCGUUCAAGAGUGAUACCUUUUCCAGUUGAACUUUCCAGCAAGGUGGGAAAGCUGUUUUUAAACUGUAUAAUGUACAACAACGCAAGUCAGUAAAACAGUAUGUCUUAGUGUCUUAGUGUCUUAGUGUCUCACAGAGCUUUUGCUGAAGCAAUCAUCUGUUGUCUUUCAGAUUGGUCCAGGCGAGAGUCAGCCAUUUGAACUUACUGUUAAAAGACUGGAAUCAGCAUUACAGAAAGCACAGGAGCAGGUACUUUCCUUGGAUCAAAUCAACUGUGGAUAAUUGAGAAAUCAGUUUUUUAACAGUGUAUUUAGAGUAUUAACACUUUAGAAACGAGAAGGGAACUGGAGCUGAAAUGUGAGCUGCAGUUGGUUCUGGGAUUGUUACUGGGGACGUGCUGGUCAGCUAUUGGCCAAUUUUUUUCCCUGUCCCUAGGAGGGGGGGGGGGGGUAACCCUGGUGCUAGGGUUAUGCCAGCAAGAGAAAUACCAUAGCACUUGCACAUUUCUUCUUUCUUUAUGCAACAUGUUUCAAAGGCAGAUAAGGUUACCCUGGAGCUAGGGAAACCCUACCUGAGUGUUAGGUUUACCCAGGCAAGAGGGUUACCCUAGCACCCGCACAUUUUUUUUUUUAUGCAACGUGGUUACAAGGCAGAUAGGGUUACCCUAACACUCGCACAUUUCUUUUUUUAUGCAACAUGCUUACAAGGCAGAUCUAUAGGGUUACCCUGGAACUAGGAUAAGCCUACCCGAGUGCUAGGGUUACCCUAGUGCGAGGGUUACCUAUCUGCCUUGUAAAUGCUCUGCUAGUGAUAACUUGCCUACCUGGGACAACCUUCCUUUGUCAUGCAUGACCAGUAAUCUUGACAAUUUGAACAAAGGUAUCCAAUUUCUGAGCUAAAUUACGGUAUAAACAUCUGAACAAUGUACGGUAUUUUCUGUAUAUGAUGAUAAUAUUUUUCGGUUUUUUCAUGAAUUCAACUUGUCUUCCAUUAGAGAACUUAAAGUUUUCUUUCAAAUCUUGAACAUCACAAAGAAUGUUUAUUUUAGUCUUAUGUGGUCACACGUGACGAAACACAUAAGUAAAGCUGGUAAAGUUGACGGGGUGAAAGGAUAACCCUAUGUGUACCUGUGAAAUUUUGCUUGUAAACCUGGCCUAUCUUUAACCCACUUGCUAGGUUAACCCUACCUCAAGGGUAACCCUCUCUCCUUGUAAACAGGCCCUAAAGUUGUUAAUUUGGUUUUUAUUUUUCAGGGUGUAAAAAUCCGGGGGGUUUUGUUGUGUAACCCCAACAACCCCCUUGGAGUUAUCUAUUCUGAAGAACUUUUGCAAGGCUGUCUACAGUUUGCUGCAAGGUGAGCAGGCAUUUAUGAUUUCUUAAUUAAAUUUUUAGAUGAGGACUGGUUAUCAUGACGAUUGUUUUUGCACUUGAUAUUUUUUUUUCCAGCACUCCUCUGUAGUAAUUAAUAAAUUUGUUGCAAUUUAAUGGGUCAUCCUUAUGUCAGUAUUGGAAUGAAGAAAAAAAAUUUUAUGCUUCAAUCUACCCACAAAAUGGCAAAUCUUAAUCAGAAUGAAAUAUGUGCUGUGCUCUGUUGGAAAAGGCAAUACUAACAACAUGAUGAAAAAAUUUUUGUCUGUCAACGAGAUCAAGAACACGACAUCCAUUAUAUGACGAUCAAUAAAUACGACAUCACCUUAAGACGCCAUCUUGAAUUCAAAAUUCAAAUCAGUACCCUCGAUUUCUUGUUCCUAGCCUCUUUCCACGUUACUGAACUCGUAAACCACGUAAGGCUAAAUUGUCGCAUAAAAUUUUAUUUGAAGACAAAUAAUGCAUUUAAAAUGCUGCCAUUUCUUGGUACCAAACUUGUAGUCGGGAGAAGAAGGAGAGAACUAAUUGCUUUGUCCACAGUGGUGACGGUAGAGAGUGAAUUGGUGUGUGGAUGGUUAUAGUUCAAAACAAGUAGUCCCUGUUUAUAUAUUCUCAAAAUCUUUGUUGUGUGUUUCUCUAACUGAAAAACACUGGUUACAUUUGCAGGCACUCUUUGCAUGUUAUCAUGGAUGAAAUUUACAUGCUGUCUCUUUUCAAGGAAGGCUGCUCUAUGACGAAUGUGUUAAGUUUAAAAAAGUGAGUGAGUCACUGUCUUCAUUCAGUGUCACCUGUAUUAAUAAGCUACCUUAAGGGAAUGGCAACCUAAGCAGUUCUAAGCGUUCGACAAAUUAACAGUUUUUCAAAAUAGAUCAAGAGAAGAAUACAGGAGAAGUUAUAAGUCACGUGAGGACUUAACCCUUUAAGGGUUUUAUACCUUUUCUUGUGACAAAAGGAAUGAAACAAGCCACCGUAAGAGCGAGGUCGUACACAAAUGUAGUUUAUCCUGCUAAACAGGUACUAUUUUCUCAUGUUUUUCUGGCGAGCACGAAGCGGGUGUGGAACGCGAGACACGCGUGCGUUCCCCAUCGCGCCUGUCUCGCGCUCCACGCCCGUUCUGCGCUUGUCUUUGGUCGCCUUAAAAAACGCGAAAAAGUAGCGCGUGUUCUGUAGGCUAAUGAACGUCACGAACCGAUAGAGCACCUAAAAGUAAAGUGACCAUUUAGUAGAGGUGAAAACAAACAAAAAUUAAACUCGACGAGAACACUGAGAGCUACGUGUAGAAAUAGGUGACCACGACUGCUUGAUGGAGACCUGUCAGGUUUACGUUUAUCAAGGGGACUGUACGGCAUGUACGUGUGAUAUGUAAGAAAUUUGCAGCGGAAAUCUUCUUUGGACUGGGGACGUUGGUGCACCGAUUUUUCAGUCUUGGAAUAAAGUGUCAUCGUUGUGAGCGAAACCUGUCUAGCUGGAAUGAUACAUAAAUGCCUUGUUUUUCGUUAAACGUGAUUUUGUUCAAGUAGGCUUCUUUAAUUCCUUACAACAUUUUUUCUUCCGCCGUUGCCCUUUUUUUUUACGUUAGUUAUUUAUUUGCCAGUGCAUGUAUGUGAACGGACUUUUCCUUUUGGUUUGUUUUCAGUAUCCCAGACAAGGAAAGGCUUCAUGUGCUUUGGGGUUUCAGCAAGGUAUUUAAACGUUAUCUGUAUCCAUGUACAGUUUCAGCUCCUCAUCCCCUGCGAAUUAGCGGUAACUAAUGGUGUUUUCUUUUCUCGCAUGUUCAUGAAAAAUGUUUGUAGGAUUUUGGUGUGUCCGGUUUUCGUUGCGGAAUUUUUCACACAAGAAACAAAGAAGUUUAUCGCGCUAUGGCCCAGGGUUACACGCGCUUCCAAGAUUUAGCUGCUCCAACUCAGGUAUGUAACACAAUUUGUGUCGCUUAAUGAUUUUAAAGUACUGCAGGGCUUGGUUGUUCAAAGUGGGAUUAAGGGCCUGUUUACAUGGAGGUGGGGGACCCCAGGUAGGUGAGGUAACCCGCUUAGGUGAGAGAUUAUAUGGACAGGCGGGUUACCCCAUUUCAAUUUGGUCACGUUUACAUGAUAGGUGGGGUUACCCGCCAAAUGUUACCUCACCUACUUGAGGUCCCCCACCUCCAUUUGAAAAGGCCCUAAGAUAACCCAGAGUUUGUGUGAAAUUUGAAUUCUGAUAUAAAAGCUUAAAAAUCAAAUUUAGUGAAAUUCUUCUGGUCUGCAAUUUGGUGAUUGGUUGCUCUAAAAAGAACAGGGAAAAUUAUCCGAGAAAAUGCUUUUGAAAAAAGAAACCUGGAUUAAAAUUCAACCCCGGGUUCGCGCUUAUUGGCCUUCAAACAACUAGGGUCCGAUGUUUUAAGCCAAUACGUUAAUACUAAGUUUUUAUAAGUAACGGGAAAAAAUACGGUUAAAAAUAACGGUUGAAUAAUGCGAAGGAUUAAUGAAGUUGGCUUUCUAACUUGGGGAGUGGCUCACCCCAAUUCCUCAAGAUCCAGCUUGACACUUCACAGUACAUUCCAACCCUCAAAAAGCAGAAAAGGAUAGUAGUUCAUGCUUAAAGACAUGGUCCUGUUGAAAUGAUAGUAGUUUCGCUUUCAGGAAGACCGCCGCAUGUACUGUUCAUAUAAAUUGGAAGAAAAACGUCACGUAGUGCGAAGCCCGUAAUGAGCAAUUCCAAAACGUUUGCCAUUCCAGUGGAAAACUGUAUUGCUUGGUGCGGUGACAUUUGUCGUAUUUUACCUUCCCAAAAGACGGUUUUUCUUGAUACAAAAUUGUCUAAGAUUAUACAAUUUUAAUUCUCAGUGUUCGUUUUCGCGAAAGUAAGAACUGAAAUUUGUUCCUUGAGAGUGGAAAGGAACUGAACAUUCAUUUCUUUUACUGUACCAUUAGAAAAACGCUUUGUUGUACUUACCUUAAAGCAGCACGACGCUUAACGAAGAGGCAGCAACAUUGAGGACGUCGGAAAAUUCGCGUAGACAACUACCAACAAUUUUCUGCGCGUGCAAUGAAAAGUUGAUGAAAACUCAAAACUCUCCACGUGCAAAACUUUGCACUUUCUCUGAAUUUUGUAAGUUUCUUUACUAUUCAUUGCUAGGCUAGUGCCGCCACAAACAUUUUCAUUGGUGAGGCAACCAGGGGUCAAUUUAAUAAAACUUUUACACGUGUAAUUUGUAAGUGUCGCUACUAGGUGCGGUUACACGGGACACUUUUACCCUGGGAAAUUGGUGAAGUGCGUGUGACCGGACUCCCUCGAGAUAAAUUUACCAUCGGAAAUAUCCAUGGAUACGUCAAAAAGAAGAAAGAAACCGCUCAUGACAUUUAACGUGGUAAAUAGCUGAGGUGUUCGAUACCCAAGGCACAAGAACCAAUCAGUAUUCCUCAUCAGACACCAAAUUAACGUGAAACUGCAAUAAAAAUGAAAUAUUUUAGCGGGUUUCUUGCGCGCUGUUUCAUUAAAUAACGAUGUUUACAUGGCAGAUUUUUACGUUAAGAUGAAAGUAAGAAGGACGUUUGCGCCUUUAGCCCCACGCUCGACAUGUUGGCAGACAAUGGAGUUUAUUAACUGAUUUUACUGACCUUACCAAUUCCACUCUUUUAUGCAGGUUAUGUUGAGAAACCUUAUAAAGGAUCGAGGUUAGUUAUAUUCUCUUUGGCCUCUUCUUGUCCGUUUUUUGUCUGAUUUUAUUUUUGCUCAAUUUCUUGUCCGAUUUUUUGUCCGUCUUUUCGUCCAAUUUUUUUGUCCAGUUGUUUGUCCGACUGUCGGAUGUCUUAUGUCUGAUCUCCGAUGUCUGAUACCCAAUGUCCGAUUUGUCUGAUGUACGAUUUCGGAUGUCUUAUGUCAGAUGUUCGAUGUCUGAUGUCUAAUCUGCGAUGUCUGAUGUCCGGUGUCUGAUGUCGAAUGUCCGAUUUUCGAUGUCCGAUGUCCGAUGUCCGAUGUCCGAUGUCCGAUUUUUUUGUCCCAUUUCUUGUCCGAUUUGUUCCUCCGAUUUUUAUUUGUCCGAUGUAUUUUUUUUUCUCAUUUCUUGCCCGAUUUUUUUGUCCGAUUUUUCGUCCGAUUUCUUGUCCGUUUUUUGUCCGAUUUCUUUCCUCGGAAAUCGUAAAAAAUAAUCCCUUGCGCGUCGUAUGUUGAACUCUCUUCCAUUGCGUCUAAUGCUUGAUAUAUUACAUAAAAUCAAACAAGAAAUCAGACAUGAUAUGGAACAAAAAAUCGGACCAAAAACCGGGCAAGAAAAGUCUGGUAAGAAAUCGAACAAGAGGUCGGUCAAAAAUCGGACAAGGAAAAUCGGACGAGAAAUCGGACGCAAAAUAAGCCAAAAAAAAUGGGACAAAAAUGGGACCAAAAAUCGGUCAAAAAGUCGAACAAAAAAAAUCGGACAAAAAAUCAGACAAAAAAAAUGGGACAAAAAAUUGGACAAAUUGGACAAGAAAAAUCGGACAAAAACUCGGAUAGGAAAUCGGACAAAAAAUCGGAUAGGAAAUCGGACAAGAAAGCGGAAAAAAAAAUAUAUCGGACAAGAUAUCGGACAACAAAAAUAGGACGAAAAUUCGGUCGAAAAAUCGGACAAAAAUCAGACAAGCAAUCGGACAAGAAAUUGGACAAAAAAAAUCGAACAAUAACUUGAAUGUCAUGUUAAUUUGUUUUAGGCUUUAUGUGGAUUUGAACCAUUUGGAACCUUUUAAACUUUUUUUCUUAAUCCCCUAAGACAGGGUCUUUCACGAACUGUUAACCGAGGAGAGAAGAGCUUUUUGGGAACAAGUUGCUAGCAUUUGCUCGUUACUCCACUGGCCACACUUCUAUCUACUUUUUAUUUGUGGUUAUACAAGGCGUUUUCCCCGGGAUGCGUCCUUUUCUAACGAAAAAAAAUACACCCGUGUGACCCGUUCUUCCGGUGGUAAAUUUGCCGUGAAGCGUAAUCAUACAUACGUCAGGAAUUUCAAAGGAGGUGACCAUGACAACGACCGAGAUGUUUGUCUCACAAUAAAAAAGAAACAAUCAUUGGGGUGGCUAUGAAAUUCCCGCGUAAAAACACGCACUGCAUGCGGCAAUACCGCUGAAAAAAAAAGAAAACUUGAUUUGACCGCUUUUACCACAGCAUACAUGCCGCGAGAGAAAUAUCUUGGGAAAUUGCUUUUCCCACGGUGUGUUUAACUGAGACUUAAAUUUAUUGAGUCCAUAUAUUGUCCUUUCAGUACUUCUUGGAACAGGGUAGCUUAUAGAGUUGUAGAUCAAAUAGGUUAGUCAAUUGGGAAGUGACAGCAACUCUAAAUCUUUAUAAUGUCUCGUUUUGCAGAUUGGUUAGAUAAGACUUUUAUACCAACAAACCAAGAGCGACUACGGAAAGCAUAUAAUAUCACUUGUAAUGCUCUUCAUGAGGUUAACAUUCCAUUCAUCCAGGGAGAAGGUGGCCUUUUUGUUUGGGUGGAUUUUAGAGAGGUAAGAUGCAUUCUGUAUGCCAUUCAGUCUUCCCUUUGGUGGGGUGUGUGUAUGUGUAGGGGAGAGAGGGGAUUGGGGGGGGGGGGGUACGGUUGAGGAAGGAGCUCAUGAACGCUCUUGUGUGCUGAUUACAGCAUUUUGAAAAGUCACAAUUUCGAUGAUGAUGAAUCUGCAAAUAAUCACGCAAAAAACGUGGAACUUGGCUACAGCUCGGCCAGUAAUAUUGUAGUAUUAUUAUCGAGUAGUAUUAUUGACCUAUUGAGGCUCCAGGGUUGAUUUAUGGAUUAGUGGCUAGAUAUUACCUGUCGCUUUCAAAGUCAUUUGAAUAUACUUUGGUACGCAUGCAAGUCUUAAAUCCUGUUUAUUAUUUGACUGGUUCCGCGAGCGGUCAAAGUGAAGCGAUCCCUGUGUUCUGAUUACUACCCGAGGGGAAAGGUGGGCCCAUCUUUGCCGAUCGGGAUUUCCCGCUCUUGUCCCUCGUGAAAACGUUUUCUUGGGCAUAUAAUAAAUCCUUUAUUGACCAAGAUUGUUCGGUUGAGAUAGCUGGAUAUUGGACUCGUAUUUAAUGUGUGUGUUUUCAUCGACCUCGAAUUCGCCUCUGUCCAUAAAAAAGAAAAAAAUCAAUUUAGGUUUCUGGGAAACUGCCCACCUAACCCUCCCACACGUCAACAUUUUGCCCUAAAUGAGAAGUAAGUGUUAAUGUUGGCUUAAGGGAAGGGUAGGUGGGCAGUUUCCCAGAAACCUAAAUUGGUCCAAAAUAAGAACUUGGCCAAUAUCUAGCCAUCGAUUGCUGUAAUACAGGUCUGAUUCAUCCUUAUAACCAAACCAAUUGACAUUUCUAGUAAAUGGCGAUGUUUGUGAAACCAUACUAAUGUUGACCGUAGAGUCUAUUAUGUUUGUGGGUUUAAUUUUUGCGGUAGUUUAUAUUUGCUGGAUCUUUUUGGAGAAAAAAAAAGCAAAAAACAACAACAACAAAAAACCGGCAAUAAUCGCAUAAAUUGGAACCCGCAAAAAUAAUGUGCCACGCGUUUUCCGAAAAGUAGCCUGCGUAGCAGGCCCAAGAAAGAACGGGCGCGCGCUCGUUCUUUCUUGCGCCCACUACUUCCAAGCGCCUGCUACGCAGGCUAUACGAAAAGGGAUUUCAUACAAGAAGUAUUCGGAAAGGAAGGAAAAUAUGCGAUAUUAUUAAGAGAUUUACACUGGAAUUCGAUAGUCACCCUGCUCGUAUUAACGGUUUCGACAAUCAGUAUAACUGCAGUACAGAGUUAGCAAGCUAAAGUAUCGUGGGUUUUCUCUUAUUAUUAGCUUGUCCCAACAUCGUCAUUUGAAGAAGAGUAUCAACUGUUUGAGCGAAUGGUAGCAAAUGGCGUGUCUAUUUAUCCUGGAGCCUACUUUCUUUGUCCUGAACCCGGAUGGUUUAGAAUCAUUUUCGCCAUGGACACAGAAGUUCUUCAACUCGGUGAGUUAUGAUUGUGUUCGAAUCAUGAAACAAAAGAAGGUGGGGCCGCGGGAGGGGAGGGGAGGGGGCGGUGGUAUUAAAGGGUUUACAGUCAUCUCACUACCAACUAAAUCGCCACCAAGAAGUCUACUCGCCACCGACGCGAAUAACUCUGAAAUAACUGAAACAGUUUAAUACCUAGAUUUACUUACCUAAGAUUCUGGUCAAGCGUAUCCGUAUUCAAAGUCGAUCCAAAUACAAAUCUGUAGAUCCCAUAUUGACGAUCCUUGCGUCGAACGUCUUAUGCUGUUGAUAUAUAUUUUCAAAUACUAAUAAUACAUGUUUAGGUUCUGUGAAUGUAAACUUUGACAUUCGAUCGUGAGGGAUUAAAAAACUGGCAGAAACGUUUCACAACCACUAGACAUGUCUUCGAAAUAUGAACACAAAGUAACGGUUUAAGAAAUUUCCAUUCAUGAAGGUUCAAACCAAUGCUAAGCUAAGUUCUAUUCUUGGUGGCGAGGUGACCAGAUACCUAUUGAAGAAGUGUAAGGAGGAGAAUACACAGAGGUGCUUUCGAUUGAAAUGUUCUUAAAACAUAGCCAGUCUUAACGUCUUAUUGAUGCCGACAGUUUCGAUGACUGUCAGCCAUCUUUAUCAAAACUUGAAAAACAUGAAAAGUGUCAGAAGCCUUAAAUAGGCUUCUGAAGGUGUUAAUUAUUGCGAUAAACGCGCAAAGUCACUCUGUAGACGCCCCCUACCCCCCGUGGUUUGGGGGUGGAGAUCACUUGUGUCCAUAUGGGAGAAAGCUGAUAGGCUCCCUCGUCCCUGACGAGAAGACGAGAAGACGUUAAGACUGGCUAUGUUUUAAGAACAUUUCAAUCGACUGUUUAACUUCACUAGCCUGAUGAAUUUCUUCAAGAACCCAGAGGUGCUGUUCGGAAGUAUCGAAGGUAUCUAAAGACUUGAAUUGUCAAUUCUUUCUCGUCAGAAGUCUUCAAAACAGUCACGAACGAGUAAACAAUUAUGGGAAACGACUACUAUGCUCCCCUUUAUUUUACCUUCUCGCUAUAUUUUUUGAUCCGACGUUGAGUGAGUCACUGAUCAAAGACUGUAUUUGCAGUGAUUCACUGUACGUUCAACGAUAAAGAAAAAGUACUUUGUUCAGUCUUGAUUUGUAGCGGAAGGUCCUUUUAUCCCAGCCUUUCGUUGAGAUUUUUAAAAGAGGUGACGUCACAGGGAUCCCACAUAAACUGUCUGACCGUUCGAAUGUGAGAACUUAGAAGAAAAGUUCUUUUUUUAGUAUUAAACUGCGAUGAAUAUUGACAUGUGACAUCAAUUCACCCUUUUUUUUCGCCUGAAAGGUAUUGUACUGUCAUUCUGUAGCUGAGAGCGGCUAAUUUUAGCGAUUUGAAACGUUCUGCGUUGGACGUUUACCUGAGCGUAUACUAAACGCUUAGGUAAACGUUCGAAGCCGUUCGGAAAGCUUACAUGCGCCAUUUUCAGCUAGAAGAGCCCGGGGGGGGGGUACUUUAGGGAUUUCUAGGUGGGAAUGUGCCGCUGGGACCCUGGAACCCUUAACCUAUACCAGAGCUAGUUCAGCUGAAUUUUGCUACCCUAUACUAGAGAAAACUCCUCAAAUCCCCCCUAUCCUAGAGUAGCUGUUUUCCAGAAACUACUGAGGUCACUAGCACAGUCUAGCCAAAACAAAACCUUAUACCACAAUCCCUAGUCUAGAUAAAAUCUUCAACCAACCGAUCAGUUUCCUAAAAAAUGAUAUCCUAUUCUAGACCCAAACGCUCUGAUUUAUAUACCCUAUCCUAGAGUAAACUGCUUGAAAACCAUGCCCUUCACAGCGGCACAUACCUUUAUAGCCCAUAUAUGGCAGUGCCCCCCCCCCCCGGGUAGAAGAGUAACGGUCGGCCUCCUCUGCAUACUCUUGUUUUAGGGCUCUCAAGAAUACAGAAUACUGUCAAGAACGUCCGAACUGAGUUAGCUGCAAAACAGCCGGAUGGGAGAGUAAAAGCCCCGCCCAGUCACAGCCAAGAUAAUGUUACUUCUUCAGAUGAGACACUUGAGAACUUAAUUCACACGUUGAACCGGCAGAUAAAGGACAGUGAUUGGUUAAAAGAGAACACUGCAGAAAAAUGGGUUGCAGAAAACCCAGAACUAGCUAAAGCAUUUUUACACGAGGACGGCGAUAAAUAGCCGCAUUUCUAAAUUAUAACACUCGAAUAAUCUUUAGUGGCCAGCGAAUCAACAGAGUCUGG